AUGAGUUUUUGUCGUGGUCAUGAUCAAGGAAAAAAAUCACUAGAUAAAAAAAUUUCUUGUCAUUGUAUUAAAACAAGUGAUCUUAUAUGUGAUACAAAACGAAAUAUAGAUCUAUCUCAAUCAAUUGAUAAUAAUGAUAAUGAUGAAAAUUGGAUUAUUCCAAUAACAAUAAUAAAUAAUCAAUCUGAUUGUUGUUUAACGAAAUGUUUGAUGACAAAAAAUCAAGAAAUCAUACAUGUUAAUAUCAAUUCAUCUUCAUCAAUGGAAGAACAAAAUAAUGAUAAUGAACCAUUAAUAAAAAAACGUCGAUGUUUAUCAUUAACAUCCAAUUGGUUUAAACUAAAUAUAUGUUCAGGUGGACCAUAUCGAGUAUUUUAUUCAUCAGAUAUGUUAGACAAAUUAACACAUGCUAUUAUUAAACAAGAAUUAAAUAUAUUUGAUAGAUUUAAUUUAGAAAAUGAUAUGUAUGCAUUAGCUAUGGGUGGUUUUACAUCUUUAGUUGAUUAUUUACGUUUACUUUUAAAUGCUUAUAUUAAUGAAUUAGAUGAUGAACUUGUUUGGAAAGAUAUUGAAAGUAAUAUUAUUCGAAUUGGUACAUUAUUAGAAUAUGAUAAACAAUUAUUUGAUUUCUAUCGAAAUUUUGUUAUUUUUUUUCAUCAAAAUUUAUAUCAACGAAUUGGUUCAAUAUCAAAUAAUAAUGAAGAUGAAUCAGUUGCACGAAGUCGUUUAAGAUGUUUUUUAUUGGUUAUUCUAGGUACUAUUGGUCAUGAUCCAUCAAUAAUAUCAAAUGCUCGUGAACAAUUACUCUUAUAUUUAAAUGAUUCAUCCGUAACUGUUCUUUGGCCCAUAUGUGCAAUAGUAGCUCAUCAUGCAUCUGAAACUGAUUUAAAUAAUUUAUUUAAAUUAUGGGAACAAUGUCCACGUCGUGAUGAUCGUCUUCGUUGUGCAUAUGGUUUAUCAUAUGUUCAAGAACCAUCACAAAUAGAACGUGUAUUAAAUUUAUUUGCAACAAAUAAUUCAACAACUAAUAAUACAAUACGUUUACAUGAACGUAUUGAAUGUUAUAAAGGUUUUUGUUUAAGUAAACAAGGUCGAUAUUAUUAUCAACGAUAUAUUGAAGAUAAUUGGUUAUCAUUAAGAACAAAUUAUAAUGAUGAAUAUCUUGAAGCACUUAUACGUGAAACAUUUGGUUAUUUUUCAUCCAAAGAUGAAGCUAUACGUAUUGAAGAAUUUUUUCUUUCAUAUGAAACAUUUCAUCAAAAAUAUAAAAUAAAUUUAAAAGAAACACCAGCAACACCGUGUACACGUAUAGCUGUACAUCUAUGUUUAGAUGAUAAUGAAUUAUUAACAAUUAAUAAAAAUACUUUAUCAUCACCUAUAUAUAAUCAUCAUCGUUCAAUUAUUCCAGCUAAAGUUAAAGAAGUUGCUUCUAUUAUAGCUCAUACAACACGUACACGUGCUGCUUUACUUGAACGUGAUCAUGAUGAUUUACUCUCAUUUUUUCAAUCAGAUUCUUUGUCAAUAUCAUCUCUUAUUUCAAAUGCAUCAAGUCAGAUUCUUUCAAUUAAUACAAUAAAUCUAUCAAAUGUAGUAUCAUCUUCUUCACCAACAACCACAAUCAGUGGAAAUAAACGAAAACGACGAGUUUCUUCACUAAACACUAGUGGUUCGUCUCCACCUGUACGUAAUUUAUUAGCAUCGGAUACGAGUGCUUAA